ACUGUGAAAAAAUCGAAGCCGUCGGAAGCAGUUGCCUGGGUUGCUAUGGGAGACAGGAACGCCGUAGAUUUUAUACUUAGGUUAGGUUACUUACUUUUAUUAAAGUCAUGUUUCUGAUAAUCUACACAUGACUGUUAUAUAUGUUUGUAUAUUGCUGACAUAAUGAUAGGUGUAAGACCCAAUGGUCCGAAAGAUUUUCCACGGAUUGCCAAAGAAAUGGGAUUCAGUUUUGGUUUGCGGAGGGGCAGAGUGGACUGGCACAAAAUUGGUGCAAUAGAUGUGGACAGAUUAAUUCAUGAAAGAGAUCUUAUGUCACUUCAGGAAAACCUAAUCAGUAUAAUAAACUACAAUCUUGACAGUGAAUAUGAUGUGAAAAUUCUGGAUCCAAAUUUUGUGAAGUUGUUUAAGUUGGCACAGCUGUCUGUUGAUUACCUGAUGUAUUCUGAACAACACCUCUACAACUGCAUUGAGCUAGAGCAACAGCAUUCAAGGAAACAUAUGAAGGAAGUGGAGAAGGUGAAAAGAGAGUGCAAGAAGAAGGAUGAUGAAAUAAAGAAUCUCAAGAAAAAGUUUAAGGAAAUGAGUAUAACUGAAAUACAGAAACGCCAACAGCACUUCAAAACUGGUAAUGGGAAAGGAAUCUCGAAUUGCUUCAAGUGCACCCACUGUGGCAAGACAUUUCUAACCAGUGGCUAUUUGGAGGCACACCAUGUGCGACGUCACCCUCAUAUAACAUUCAUGCAUUUGCCGGAUACAUUGCGCAGUGAAACUGAACGCCUGCAAUCAGAAAUAAAGGGACUGAAAGAAAGACUCAACAACACAGAAAGGUUACUGCACAAGGAAUCAAUCCAAGAUAUCAAGGAGAAAGAAGAGGCUCAGGAUAGGGGUGAUGAUUGGACUGAAGAGAAGAGGAGGAUGGUACAAUGGCAGCAGACACAGCAGAACAAGUAUCUGAAUGAGAUUGCUGACCUCAAAACUGUAUUUUACAAUGAGAUUAAGAGACUGAAGGAACCUUCACAACAUCUGAGAGAGCCAACAGCAACAUCAUCAAAUGCGGGGCUUUUAGAGCGGACACAAAAACAGGAUGAAGGGCUUGCCUUGCUGCGAGAAAGACUCAGUGGACAGUCAACACCAGACAUGGAGAACAUGCAGAGUCGCCUGGAGGCACAAGAGAGGUUCUGGAAGUCAAGACUUAAGCAAAUAGAAACUGAGCACAAGAGAGAAAUGGACAGACUCGGAAUUCAGCUGAAUCAGGCCAAAGAAUCUCAUAACAGCCAUUAUGCCAUGUAUGAAAGCAAUAUUCAAGAAUUAAUGGCUCAUAUUGCAAGACAAGAUGAGACACUGAGGGCUCAAGAAAUAAAAAUUCUUCAUCUCACUCAGCAACAUUCAGCAAAGACACAACAACCAGAAAAUGCACAAGUUGUUCUAGAAAUGCAACCUCAAUCAAGUGAAAAUGCCACCACAGUAGAUCCAAGCAUAACAUUCACAGAACUCACUGCUAGAAUUGACAGAGCUAUUCAUGCCAAUAAGCGGCCACCAGAUGGAGUAAAUACAAGGCAAUCCACACAGUCACCAGUUAAAGGAGAGACCAAAUCUCAUACCUCACUGUCCAGGAGACCACUUUCAGUUAAGAAUGUUGCAUCUCCUGUAGACAGCAGAGGUGGCCCAGAGUCUGUGAAACAAAGUGUAAGGGUCACAAACAUCACAACAAACUCAAAACAUUCUACUGAGAGCUUAAUGGUUGAUCCUCAAGAUGAAUCAAGCUCUGAUUCAUCACCCCAAACACUGAAAACCAAAACUGGCAUGACUUCAAUGUAUGAACUCACUGACCAGGAAGUGAAUACUUCUGACAAAGGCAGGAGUCCUCAGGGAUCCAAGGAUUCUGGCUUGGAUUCACCCAAGAGGUUCUCCACAACACCCAUCAAAAAAAUUAAUGCUUUCCAAGGAUUAUCUUCAAUUAAAACUACACCUGCCAUAGGUAGUAGCAAAGACAGAGUAGACCAUGUGAAUGAGGACACAGGAAGUGAAGAUGAAGCAGGAGGAGAAAAAGAAGAGGAGACAAUAUCAGAUGAAACAGAGACAGAAACAGAUAGUUGUCCUGCAUCUGUUCUUAGUUUGAAGAAUGCACUGCAGCAGAAUCCCCAGAUCCUGACAGGGCUGAAGGAAGACUUGCGAGAUCUUUGUGCCCGCAGACUGCGAGAACUUGGGGUCAAUCCUGAAUGGAAAGGGAUACCAGCAGCUACUUUCUGCCAGAAGAUGGCAACACUAAAGCACCAUCAAACUAUCACAGCAAAGAGACAUAAGGCAUUCUUUAAAAUCAAGCAGAAAAUGAUUGAUGAGCUAAACAGACGUCUACCAGACAAGAAGACCAACAGUCAGCCAGACAAAUCCAAAAGUGGUGGGAAAGAAGAACCAAGCGGCAGCAGUCAGCAACACAAGGCGGCAGCCAAGAAACUUGUUGGUAGAGUGAAGACGAGGGCCCUGAAUGUGCUGAAACAUUCAAGAGGAAGGCUAUCUGCCCAUUCUGCAAGAGGCUUACAAGAGACCAACAGUAAGGAUAAAGCUGUUGUUUCUGUCCAUCAAAAAGAGAAUGCAGUUACAACUGAGAAACUGGUACAGAAUACCAGUAUUAUGAACAAGAGUUUGAGACUGAAAAGAUGGACUGAAGAGAGAAAGUCUGUGGGGUCAAGAACAUCAGCUGCAGUGAGCAAAGUGAACAUUAGAUCUGCUGAACAGACCACUACACCAAAUGUUACAAUGGUCACUUCAACACCUUUCAAGAACACUUCAACAGCUACUACUGUCACUUCGUCAAGAAGAAGUAUUCUGAAAGGAAAUAAAAAUAUUGCUGCAUCAGAAAUGGUAGGUGGUAAGAAAACUGUGGAAAGUCUGUCUAUCUCAUCCAUGGAAGAAGCGGACAUCACAGAAAGAGGAGAAGACUCAUAUGAUGUGAGUGAUGGAGAUGAGGUGCAACAAGGCAUCACCAAUACAUUCAGUCAGCCAUUACAUCAUUCCCAAGAUCUACAUCCACAUACAGAAAUGAAACCAAAUACUUCCUCAGGUGUAAGUCAGACUAUCAUAAAGGAUCUCUCAUCUGAUCUUGAGUCCCCAGGAGGAAACAGAAGUGUUCUCAAGACACCAUCAUCAUCACUGGGUAGUAUUACAAAGAAAAGAGUUCUGUUUGUAGACCAGGAAAAUGAACUGGCUUCCCAAAAGAACCAAGAAACUGAAGAUAGCAUGACAAAAAGCUCGUCAUGGAAUGCAUCUAAAAUAGUGGCCACCUCAGAACUUCAUCAGAGUGCUGAAACAACGGCAGUAAAACUGCUGUCAUCCUGGGACUCUUCACCUCUGACAGGCUUAAAGAGAUCUGUGACAUCUUCAAAUCAAAGCAGCACAAGGAACUCUGAUUCUGACAGUGACUGGGGGCAUUCCAGUGCGCUGAACACUAUGGAGCAUGCUGGGUCUGCUCGCAGCUAUGGACAAAUUAAUGUGAGCACAAAGCAGAGUGAUAAAAUUGCUCAGAUUUCCAAGAACAUUGAGAAACAGUUGAGCCUGAGCAGGUUGAAGCCACCAGUAGGAAGUGUGGAGGCCAUGUUUCGUGCCACUGGGAGUGAGAAGAUUUCAGUCUAUCAGGGCACAGAUUUAGGUUCCACUAGAAUUGGCAGCUCUGUGUCUGACAGUAACUGUGAGAACAUGAACCUCAACAACACUACAUCAGCACCAGUCCCUAAACCUCGUUCCAACCAGCCUACUCUGGCAACACAGCAAAAUUCCAGCAAACUCUGUCUUUCUGACUGGGAUCUGGAAGACUUUGAUGAAUAAUAACAUAUUUAUGUGC